CUCAGAUUGUGUAGUAGAGUAAAAAUUGUACAGAUUAUAUAAAUGUGCAAAGAUUAAUAUCAGUCAGGAUGAAAAAUUUCUCUGAAGUGACGUAUUUUCAUAUGUCUGCUUACUAUGAAAUGGAAGAGCUGAAGCCAUUGUACUUUUUCAUUUUCCUUAUGAUAUACAUCAUCAUUAUUGUUGAAAAUGUCAUCUUAAUCAGUGUGAUUUAUCAUGAAAAAAGCCUGCAUGAGCCCAUGUACUUGUUGGUGUGUAACUUGGCAGUGAAUGGUCUGUAUGGAAGCACAGCUUUACUGCCAGCAGUCCUGAGCAACCUGUUGUUACGCUCAUAUGACAUAUCUCUGGCACUUUGUCAGACACAGAUCUAUGCAGUACACACAUAUGCCAUAACUGAAUUCACAAUUCUUGCAGCGAUGAGUUACGACAGGUAUGUGGCCAUUUGUUAUCCACUGCUUUAUCAUGCCAUCAUGUCACAAAGACUUGUUAAACUGAUUGUUUUUACCUGGCUCUUUCCCUUACUUGCCUUUUUAAUUGUUUUUUUUUUCACUCUUCAGCUUAGGUAUUGUGAAAGAACAAUUGAAAAGUUGUACUGCAUGAAUUACAUUUUAGUCAAACUGGCCUGUUCUGAUACAUCUACUGUCAACAUAAUCGGUCUGUUAUCUGUAGUUGUGUACACAGUUCCACAGAUUUGUAUGAUAUUUUAUUCAUAUGCACACAUCCUAAGUGUAUGUUUAGCGUCAUUCAGCAAGUCCAAGCUCAAAGCCCUCCGGACAUGCACUCCCCACCUACUAGCGAUAGUUAACUACGCAAUAGGUUGCUUUUUAGAAAUAGCACUAAGUCGAUUUAACACAACUGACCUUCCUUACCAAACCAAGUUGUUUCUGUCUUUGUACUUUUUGAUAUUUCCACCACUUCUUAAUCCAGCCAUCUAUGGGUUGAGUAUUCAUUUUAUAAGAGCACGACUGUUCAGGCUUUUCAGCAGAAAAAGGAGGAUAGAAGCAAAUUAGUAAAGAUUAGAGUGAUGCUGCUGCUCUGCUUCAAAAUGUGUCCUGAAACCUAUGGCAUGUGGAGUCUUUUGUCUCUCUUUGUUAUUUAAUCCCAAUUUCUUUUUCAUUUACUGAGACAAAACUAUACCAGACAGCACAAAGAAAAAGUAGUCUUAAUUCAUGUUAUACCACGUAGAAUUCCUGUUGCAUAGCUGGCUGAAGCUGAGACUUUGUGCAUAUGAUGAAUUGAGUGUUAAUCAGUUUGUCUAAACCUUUGCAGGACAAUAGAUUAUAAUGUAUUUGUACAGACAUUAUUUUAAUCUUCGCCUCACUGCUUAUUGAGAUAUAUCACUAGAACGUUUCUUUUUACUGAAUGGUCAAAUAUUUUUGGUACAAGUAAAUGCAAACAUUGACUAAUUCAAAUGUUUACGUUUUGACGUCCAGUCUUAUGUUUUUUAGGUAUUAGAUCAGACAAAUUUAAUCUGAAGUGUAGUGUUCAUAGCACCUUAGUCACAUUACUGUAACAUCAUUUAUGUAAACUCAUUUCAGGCUGCCUAUAAGUGCAUAGAAAUAUUGAUCUUCUUUCAAGUAGAAAGCUUGAUAUAAAUUCCAACACAGAUAUGUGUAGAAGUUCUUCUUGAAUAACUUGCUAAAGUUAUUAAAGCAUAUUAUCAUGAAUCAUCAGUUGCUGCAUCUGUUAUCUUGUGUUGUUCACUGAAAUAUUUUAGUUACAAAAAAAUCAGGAAGGGAUCUUGAUAUGAACUUUUGAAAAUUGGCAUUGAAUGUUGAAUGUGCAAUAAAAUGUAUGGGAAAGAAGAUUCAUUUCAAUGCAUCACAGUUUCAAAUAACUUUUUACAUGUUAUAUGAAUUAUAAAAUCUUUAAUUUGGGCCAAAUCCAAUGGGUUUAUAAACACAAUGACUGUAACAUUUACCUAAGAUUAUUUCACCGUUUAAUUAGUGGGACCUAAUUGCUUACCAAUUUAAAUAACAUUUGCACUUUUAGCAUCAUUUUCUAUCAUUAUCC